ACGAUUUUGUUGCCUAUAUUAACUUGAAUAUAGGGAAGCUCACAACUUAAUUUCGGUUGCACAAAUGCUGACAGAACAUUUGGACUUAGUACUUUUAUUGUAAGGAGCGUAAUCAUAACUAGAUAGCCUAUUUGACAAUACUUGGGUACUUUCCUGAUUCUCACUAUUAGAUGGUGGAGACAAUACGUUAUGAGGUCAGUAAUGUUGUUUAUAAUGCAGUUCUGUAGUGAAACCACUGAGCCCUGAUAGGUUGUGGUUGAAGCUCAAUUCUGUUCCUAUUGCAUUUAAGAGACUACUUCCGUGUUAUUCACCGCCCUAACCGUUUAAUUGUAGACAUACUCCAAUCAUACACUAGGGGCGAGGCUUAUCCACAGAACGGGAACGCCCUGGUUUGUUUUUCAGAUAGCUACUGCUAACUUGGUAGUAGCUACAGAAGAUCACAAGACGUCCGUGAACAUCUAAUUGUAUGUUUCGCUUAGUGGUAAUUACGGUUCAUCGACGCACCGGUGAGGUUGACACGGGAAUGUUGCUUGUCUGGUAGUUGUUUUCAUAUGGGAGAAACCUUUGCUCCGACGAUCAAAAGGACUUUUUUCAUGCUAUCGUAGCUAUAGAAGACGGUAGUAAAGAUGGGGUCUCAUGGAGUGUUGUCGCGCGGGUCCCUGGGAUGGAGAGGAGAAGGGAACUUCAGCUCGUUGUGUCCGAACGGGUCGGAGUGGGUGUGGACCGGUCUCGGAGAGUGCGCCCAGGACGCGCGGGACAUGGCCAGUGUUGUUCUUGGCCUGGUAUCGAUCCUCUGCUUCAUGGUGUCUUCACUCCCGCAGUACUACAGUUCAUGCAAAACGGGGAACAUGGACAGCGCCCUGUCCAUUUGGUUCCUCCUGCUGUGGUUGGCUGGUGACACCUGCAACCUUGUGGGCUCCUCUUUAGCCGACCAGCUACCGUUACAGACUUACACAGCCAUUUACUAUGUUCUGGCUGACCUGCUGAUGCUGGGAAUGUACAUUUACUACGUUGUAAAGAAUAAGACUAAGACGUCUACCAGUAACUCCGUUCUGAACGCUGUGGGUUUGCUGUACCUGGCUGGAGCUGCUACCUCACUGCUUUCCCUGCCUGAGGCUGGGCCUCAGGUGGACGUAUCGCAUCGGGAGUUCAAAGGUCGCUCUUUGCUGUCUGUCCUCGAAGACGACAACGGCCUGGUACAGACCUUCACGACCAAGGAAAUUAUCGGUUUCGCGAUCGGAUCCUUGUCGUCCCUGCUCUACCUGUCCUCCAGACUGCCGCAGAUUUACACUAACUAUAUCAGGAAGUCGACGGAGGGCGUGUCCUACUUCCUGUUUGCCCUGGUGAUCCUGGGCAACACUCUGUACGGUCUGAGCGUGCUCCUGAAGAACCCGGAGUACGGCCAGGCGGAGGGGAACUACGUGAUCCACCACUUGCCCUGGCUCAUAGGGAGCUUGGGCACCCUCACCCUGGACCUCGUGAUCUCCAUGCAGUUCCUGGUGUAUCGUUCCAAGCCACCCCAGGAGUACGGGAGACCGGACGAGACCACCGCCCUGCUGGGGGACUGAUGUACUGCGACCCCGGGGCGCUUUGGAACGGAUCUGCGGGUCGCUCGCUCGGACGCGGGCGCCUGGCGAAACGUGCACGCCAGGAAGGGAAACAGUCACGCACACGCACACACAACCGUUGUCAGUAUUCCACAUUCCCAUCUCUCCACAGAGAAAUCAUAAUAACGGCUGUUAGCUUCUUAUUUCUUUUUUUAAUAUCAUUUAUUUAUAUUUUAUUUUUCUUUUAAUUUUUUGACCUUUGUUGGACAAAAUUCAAGUUUGAUAAGCAAUGCACCAUUACAGACUUGGGAGAGAGAUGUGUUUGUUUGUACCGUACAAAACUGUAUUCGUAACCUCUUCUGUGUUUAAAAGGGAACUUAUUCUGUUUGCGUAAAAGUCGUUCACUUUUAUUUUUCGAAUAACGAAUGCGCACAAUCAGAUCGAAACACAACGCUCGGUAAUUAUAAUACUAGCUGCAGCACGACAGAUGGUUGUUUGAGGCAAAUGUGAGAUCUCUGGCCAUUCUGGUAGUGUCAUGUUUUUUUCUUUUUCUAAUUGACAGACAUUUCUAUAUGGGGGCGUUUUUUUUUAGUCAAACCAUUGCCUUGGGUUCUUGAGCUGAGGGGUGGGACUACACAUAACUGACUGUAUUGGUGCCGGGUAUAUUGUAGCCGUAACUUUCAUUGCUGUAAUAAUGAUCGUUAUUGUGUGUAUCAGUUUGUGGAAUUUUUAGACAUAUUUUAAAGUUUACAUUCAGUGGCCUUUCUGUCAUUUUUGUACAAUUUUUGUUCUUGAGAAAAUGAUUUUCCUUUGUGGAUUUCCCCUUCGUUUUUUUCCGAUUUAGACAUCUUUUGUUGAAUUUUUUCUUUUUAUUUGGGUUGAAUAACUUUUUUUUGGGAGGGGGGGGGGUUUGAACUUCUGGGCUAGUCUGUACUUGUGCUCUAAUCAUGAUGUUUCAGUGUUGUUGUUCAAAGUUCAAUAUGUGCCAUGUUGCCCACUAAAAAAAAUGUUUCUGGAUCAAA